UUUUCACGAAUAGAAGUACAUCUACCGUGAUACAGUACUCAAACCUCUCUAAACAAGACAUCAUCAGCUACAGCCCCAAGAUGAAGUUUGUUGUUCUAGCUCUCUGCUUCCUUGGUGCGUCUCUUUCGCAAGCAAAACUGGAGAGAUUCAAGGACCGUAAUGUUCCUGACGAUAACGAUGCAGUCAACGAUUUAUUUUUUCAGUUGGAAAACGUGCUCAACAUUACAUCCGACGGAAUUAUAGGAGUUGAUCUUGCCGUAGCAGCAAAAAAGAUUGCAUCAUUGGCAGACAGUAUACGAGAUGACGUAUCAAGUGAAGAAGUUGAUCAAAUAAUAUCAGACGUUUCCUCAAAAAUCAAUGGCGUUACCCCUGUGUCUGAUCUUUUUGACGCGUAA